UUGGAAUGCAACCUUCAACAUAGUUCCUGCCUUCCAGUGUCAAAAAGUCUUGAGAUUUUAUUUCCACCGUGAAAAAUGACUCCUAAAAAGGUUCUAAAUUCGACGGUCAGGAUCGUCCUAUGAAUGAUCUAAUUGGAUCCCCAUCUUCCAAGCAAGAGCCAGUAGAUUCCCGGAUCCAGAUUUUCCUCUCCAGGAAAUUUGGGGACCAUAAGUUACAAAAUGGUAUGCAAUUUAUAUACGUGUUCCCAUAACUACAAUCCAAGCCACCAGUAUGUGUGGCUCCUAAUGCUUUAUUGGACAUCUCCACUCACCACCUGGCGGCAACCUCUCCAAUAAAAAAGCCCAAGGCCCUAGACCAGAAAAAUAUCAUCUCCUCCCAUAGAGAAAAACCCCAUCAAGCUUUAGUAAUCACAUAGUUUCAUAGCAGCUAGAGGGAAGCUCUGAAUAGGUGGUUAAUGGCUACUUCAAUUUCAGCAACUGGGUUUCAGGGAGGUUUGGGAACUUGCUUCCAUGGAAGUUGGGGUACUUCAGUAGUUGGUGAAGACUAUGCCAUGCUGGCCAAGUCAGUUCCCAACCAUGUUCGAGUUGGAAAGCCUGUUAGAGCACAGCCUAUUAUGAAGCCUAUGAUGAAGAACAUCAAUGAAGGGAAAGGUCUGUUUGCUCCUAUUGUGGUUGUUACACGUCAGAUUAUUGGCAAAAAAAGGUUCAAUCAGCUCAGAGGAAAAGCAAUUGCCUUGCAUUCGCAGGUAAUUACUGAAUUCUGCAAAUCGAUAGGGGCUGAUGCGAAACAAAGGCAAGGGUUGAUUCGCCUGGCCAAGAAGAAUGGGGAAAGGCUAGGAUUCCUCGCAUGAUGAGGACCACACGUGUAUUUUUGUCUUGACUACCAGAGAUGUUCAAUUUAUAGUUCAUUUCAAGGAAAUCCAGAUUUAAAUGCAUUCUUCAUCUGGGUUUUUCCUUAAGAAUCAGGAUGUAAAACUAUAUAUCUUUCCUUCAUAUGUACGUACUUGUAGACCUUCAGUUUGGUUGUACUAUAUAAUUUUCAGACCAUUGAAAUCAAACUCGGACAAGACCACCAUUAAUGAACAUAAC